AUGCCAGUGAGUACAGUGGGCAGGGCCCAUGCAGCAGCUCUCCUGGUUUGGCAGGACCAGCACCUCCUCGAAGAGCUUGCUGGGCUGCAGGCCUGGAGCGGGGCCAGCAAAGGAGCCCACCGACCAGCACUACCCCCCGAGCUGCCGCCCUCCCCACCACUGCCCCCAGAGCCCCCGCGCGUCAUCCAACACUCGCUCCCCCCAUCUCCUACCACCAUCAUUCAGCAGCUCCCACAGCCGCCACUGGUGGCACAGCUGCACCCUCCCCAGACAUUCCCUACUCAAAGGUCACCAAGUAUCAAGGAAGACAUGGUGGAGAUGAUGCUGAUGCAGAAUGCACAGAUGCACCAGAUCCUCAUGCAGGGGCUGAUGCUGAAGGCGCUGCCACCGGCCGCAUUCCAGUCCCCACAGCCACCGCCUUCUGGGGCUCUGCAUGCUGAGAGGCAGAAACCGCUGUCUGUGCACCACCACCACUAUGCACCCCCUGGCACAAUGGGAUACUCCCCGUGGCCCCCUGUAGUCUCGGCCACUGCCCUGCCCUCUGCUGCUGGCUUCCUGCCCACCCUGCACCAUGUGGCUGGGCCCUCUGCAGCUGCUCUCAACCUGUAA